GUAAGUGGGUGUGGUAAAUAAACAAACUGAACUGGCUGCUCGACAAAAAGUAUGUUCUCGCUACGUCUUGAUAAUAACUCAAAUUCCAAGAAAGAACGCGUCGUGCCAAUGUAGAGAAAGAAACGAAAACGAACACGAAACGAUGAAACAUCGAAUACUGAUGGCCUCUGAUUUUUUCUAUCCAAAUGUCGGGGGCGUUGAAGAGCACAUUUACAGUCUAUCGCAAUGCCUCAUCGCAAGAGGUCACAAAGUCGUUGUGGUCACCCAUUCUUAUGAUAAAGUUGUCGGCAUUCGAUGGCUGCCCAAUGGUCUGAAAGUGUUUUACCUGCCAUUGAGGACAUUUUACAAUGGGUGCAUUUUGCCAACAAUGAUAGCCACGAUUCCCUACAUCAGACACAUACUAGUCCAAGAAAAAAUCACAUUGGUUCAUGGACACGCAGCAUUCUCGACAAUCGCCCAUGAAGCUAUGAACACUGGAAGACUGAUGGGCCUUCACACUGUUUUUACGGACCACUCGCUUUUCGGCUUCGCAGAUGCCUCCGCCAUUAUUACCAACAUGUUUUUGAGACUCAGCCUUGUCAAUUGCACUCACUGUAUAUGUGUUUCUCACAUAGGGAAAGAAAAUACAGUUUUGCGAGCAAAGAUUAAACACAACAUUGUGUCUGUGAUUCCUAACGCUGUUGAUACCAAAUUAUUUACUCCUGAGCCGGAAAAAAGGUCAAAAACUCGAAUUACGAUCGUGGUGGUGUGCCGCUUGGUUUACCGGAAAGGAGUGGAUUUCAUGAUUCACAUCAUACCAUUUAUCUGCAAAAACUUCCCAGAUGUUCAAUUUUUUAUCGUUGGUGAUGGCCCAAAAAGAGAAGCGCUGGAGGAGAUGUGGCAGAAAGAAAAACUGGGAGACCGAAUGCAAAUGUUUGGUGCCUUGGACCUGAGAGGAGUGCGAAAUGUGCUUGUGCAAGGACACAUCUUCCUCAAUACGUCACUAACUGAGGCUUUUUGCAUGGCAAUCGUCGAAGCAGCUUGUUGUGGCCUUCAUGUUGUGAGCACCAACGUUGGUGGCAUUCCUGAAGUUUUACCUCCCGAUCUCAUGUACUUGGCUGAGCCAGAUGUGAAUUCGCUAACCUUAGCCCUGGAAAAAGCUAUCAUAGCCUUCAGACUUGGGGCAGGGCCUAGUCCAGAAGAGCGCCACGAGAAAAUUUGCUCCUUCUACAACUGGUUUGACGUGACCAAAAGAACUGAACACGUUUACGACACAGUCGCAAAGCAGCGGCUGAAACCUUUUGGACAACAGCUAAGCGACUGCUUGCACCAAACCAAAGUUUACCCAUUCCUCCUGGUUCUGUCCCUUUGUUUUUUGAUAAUCAAGUUUUUCGACUGGUACCGGCCCCGACAUCUUAUUGAUAUCGCGCCCGAUUACGCAUCAAAACGAAGAACCUCCAUCAAGCAAAACGGGUUCAACUGAAAAAGCUUUUUACAAGAAAAAUCAUUAUUAUUGUUACCUCAGUACAUGGAAUAAAAAUGUGACGUGACACAUAUUUCAUUUCAAAGCAAA